AGAGGCGUAAGGUCUGCAAUGGACCUAAUGCCUUAUGUGGUAGCGCUUACCAGCUCCAUUGCCGACGGUAACAUAAAAAAAUGAUAUUAUCAAUCUACAUGGGGUCGCCAAAAAAAUGAUAGGUGCAGACUGUUAAGUAUUUGAACGAUAAUUGAGAGAAAUUCAUUUCACAUCAUUCAUUCUCAAUAAGUAUGGUUUAUUCUACAUUCUUCAGCUCUUUAGCAAUAUUAAUUUAACUAAGUAAAAAUAGAUAAACAAUGCACACGGGAAUGCGAAAAUCCUGAACGAGUUUUGCAAGUGAGGAUAUGUCUUAAUAAUUUUGACCUAUUGUCGGUUCCAUUGUCUCUUAGAACAAUGUUCAUUGCGAUAAACAAUAAAUAUAAACAGUGUAAACAAAUUUGUCUUCAGUGUUCUUGGACGGUUCGCGAAAGCACACCUCAUGUAGCGAGAAAUGAGACGGUCAAUAAUUUUAUUCUACCUCUUAUCUGGUGCGUAUACUCAAAUGAAGACAUACCAACAUCAGAUUUUUAUGGCGAGAAAAACAAGGUCGAACGCACCUCCAAUGCAAACGGGAUAUUCCUACAGUAGAGUUAACGAUGGACCAGGCUUAAUUUCCGUGUUUAAUAACAAUAUUGGAAACGAAUCUGCAACACAAAUAACAAAUAAAAGCCAGCACGGAGACGCAGCAAUAAGUAACGAAGAGGAUAAAAAUAAUAGAACAAACAAAUUUAUUAAGACAGAUAAUGUUACUUCUGAAAGAUCACUCGUAAAUAAGGAGACAAAAAUUAAGACUACUUCUGAUCACCAUGUAGAAAACCAUACUGAACGUUUGGAAGCUAAGCCUACUACCUUAAAUGAGUUCAUAAUGAAUUAUAAUGGUAAUACCGACUAUAGAGUGGAUGAUGAUGAUUUAAGAAAAGACUCCAAUAUGUACGAUGGAUGGCCGUAUUUCCAUCGGAGUCCGUAUGAUUAUGAGUAUAUAAAGUAUGACAAUGAAAGCGACAAAGCAAAAGAUAAACGCUUCAUUUACGAUAUAAUAGAUAGAGUCAUCCCUGUAAAAGAAGUUAUUAAUAAUGACAUACCUCCCCCAUAUUAUAAUCCUGCUACUGAGUCAAAGGAAAAUGAACCUGAGUACCCUUCGAAUAAUAACUAUGAUAAUCCUAUGUAUGGAAAUCAACCAUUUUUUUCUUCAGUGUUAAGUGAUUACUUUGAUAGUAAUUAUGAAGAAGAUCCUUUAACGUUUAAAGGACUUAACUGGAUUAAGGACUUUGAUAAUAAAAGGACAUAUUCAGAUAUUGAUGAUAGCAAUAAGCGUGUUAGACGUUUACAAAUUGAUGAGCCGAAACAUGAGUCUCCGACGAAUAAAUAUUACAUUGAUUAUAAUUCUGAUGAAAAUUCAGCAGUUGCAGAUACUGGCUUUAACAAAUACAGCAAUCGUGAGGAUGAAAGUUUGAGAGAAAAAAUAAAAGAUGACAAUAAAAAAAGACAUAGAUACAAUGGCGAUAGUUAUAGAGGAUUUAAAGAUUUUGUUGAUUCUUUUGCAAAUAAAUUUGGCUCAGAAGGACACAAUAAAGACACCAAUUAUAAAGUGAAUAGAACACAGGAUAAAGGUGAGAAAAAGAAAGGUUUUCGAAGAGUGUAUCAUAAAGAUGAAUAUCAGGAAGAUAACGAGUUCUAUGACAACACCAAUAACAAAACUUCUUUAACAGAAAGUGGUGGUUCGAAGUAUAACAUUGGAGGAUCUGAAGCGAUUUUAGGGUCACGUGCGGCCGCUGCAAUUAACAACGAAGGGAAUGCCUUAACUCAAAUUGGAAAUAAAGACACUCAGAGUGACUUGAAAAGGAAUAAGGACAGAUACAAUACGAAUGGACACGAUUUUAACUUUCAUCACUAUAAAGAUAUUGCACGAAUGGCUGCGAUACAGAACAAUGCAGACUAUUUCGAUCCCUUUUUAAAUUAA